UUCACUUAUUAACACACGCUGUAGAAACGCACAAGCCUAACCUGUUUUUACGAAUGUAGGUGGCUCUCUCUCCCCACCCUCGGUACAGGAGCUGAUGCUGAUGCGAGUACACUCAUCCUGAGCGAGACACUGUCACCCGCUCCUCCUUUAUUCUCUUCAUUGAACUUUGAGCAGCGCGUUCAUACUGUAGUCAGCGGCGUUUCGUCUCGUUAUUCUCAAUGAAGAUAUGACAAGAGCAACCUCUCACGAAAGGAACUGUUCAAUUACAAUGAUGCUGAUCAAUGGAGGAGACGUGCGUGGACACUAGAUCAGUUUGAUCUUUGCAGGACACAUCCCAGAGGUUUUGAGUCUUAAGAGGAAGCGAGAGCCGUGUCCUUUCCCUAACCAGCUCAAACAGUGUCAAACGGGAACCGACUGGGUUUUGAAAACAGCUACUUAAGAGCAAAGAGAGGUGGAUGAAGACUAUUUUAUUUAGUGAUACAUGCCAGUACACGAGCAGCGGAUGAGAGAGAGCUGUAUUACAAGAGCUAGAGAAGAUCGUUGAAAGUCCAUCCUUACCAAGAGGGGGAAUUCAACAGACGGUGCGCUGCAUUGAAUUUGGAAGGUGGUGUGAAGAAUUGUUGCAGAAUCAGAUCGACCCCACCUCACCAUGCCUUUGUCCUUCAGUUCAUCCCACCUUUUCCCCUUCUCCUUCAUUCCCUUGAUCCUUCUUCUGUCUUUCUCCAUCCCCUCUCAAGCUGACUCCCAAGAUGUAGCCCAGUCUACCUCCAACUGUUCCCAGACUGACGUGUGUGCAGAUGGGGUUCUUUUACCAGUGUGGAAUCCUCUAAAUCCCUCAGUUGGUGACAAAGUGGCUCGUGCCAUUGUGUACCUAGUGGCGCUAGUCUACAUGUUCUUAGGUAUGUCGAUAAUUGCUGACCGCUUCAUGACUGCCAUUGAAGUUAUAACUUCUCAAGAAAAGGAGAUCACUACAAAAAGACCCAAUGGUGAAACGGUCACCACCACAGUUCGCAUAUGGAAUGAGACCGUCUCCAAUCUGACCCUCAUGGCUCUGGGUUCAUCAGCCCCUGAGAUUUUGCUUUCAGUCAUUGAGGUCUGUGGGCAUAAUUUUGAGGCCGGUUCUCUUGGUCCCAGCACUAUCGUAGGUAGCGCUGCCUUCAAUUUGUUCGUGAUCAUUGGCAUCUGCGUCUAUGUGGUACCUGAUGGUGAAAGGCGGAAGGUCAAACAUCUUCGGGUGUUUUUCGUGACUGCAGCGUGGAGCAUGUUUGCCUACAUCUGGCUCUAUCUUAUCAUCUCUGUGGUCUCACCUGGUGAGGUGGAAGUGUGGGAAGCAGUGUUGACGUUCCUUUUCUUCCCUCUCUGCGUAGUCCAGGCCUGGAUCGCUGAUCGGAGAUUGCUCUUUUACAAGUAUGCUCGCAAACGCUACCGAACCGAAAAGGGACGUGGAAUUAUUGUGUCCGAGGGCGGGGAGGAGGUUGGCAAGGAUGCAGGAUUCACAAAGAUGGACAUGCUUGAAAUCGAUGGAAUCACAACACAUCUGGAUGGAGUGCUGGGAGGGGAAAGUGGGCUUGGAGGACGUGAUCAAGAGGAUGAGGCCAGGAGAGAUAUGGCCAGAACUCUAAAGGAACUCAAACAAAGACAUCCUGACAAGGACAUGGAGCAGCUCAUAGAGAUGGCCAACUAUCAGGUUCUGAUACAGCAACAGAAGAGCAGAGCUUUCUACCGCAUUCAAGCAACAAGGAUGAUGAUUGGUGCUGGGAACAUUUUGAAGAAACACGCAGCAGAUCAGGCCCGUAAAGUGGUCAGCAGUGGGGAACCUCAAGAGCAGGAGGACGACCCUCAUGUUACAAAAAUAGACUUUGAACCUGCCCUUUACCAGUGCUUUGAAAACUGUGGAUCCUUAAAACUUACUGUGCAGAGGCGUGGAGGAGAUGCCGGGUGUACUGUUAAGGUGGAUUAUCGCACGGAAGAUGGCACAGCCAAUGCAGGUUCUGACUAUGAAUUCGCUGAGGGCACACUUGUCUUCAAACCUGGCGAGAACCUUAAAGAGCUCACCGUCGGCAUUAUUGAUGAUGACAUCUUUGAAGAAGAUGAAUACUUCUAUGUCCGCCUGAGCAAUCCCCGUAUAAUUGGGUGGGCUGAUGGACAUCCUAUUGUUUUGGAGGCCGGAGCACCUGCCCCUACCGUAGCCCUUGGUGAGGCCCACACGGCGACCGUCACAAUCUACGAUGACGACCAUGCAGGAAUUUUUACAUUUGAGAGCGAAUCGAUCCGAGUUAGCGAAAGCAUCGGCAUCAUGCAGGUGAAGGUCCAGAGGACAUCAGGAGCACGUGGUCUGGUGGCUGUACCGUACCAUACAGUGGAUGGGACAGCUUGCGGAGGGGAGGACUUUGAGGAAGUGUCUGGAAAACUGGAGUUCCAGAACGACGAGACAAUGAAAACAAUUGAGGUGAAGAUUAUAGAUGAUGAAGAGUAUGAAAAGAACAAGACCUUCUGCAUUGAGUUAGGAGAGCCAGUGCUACUCGAGAUUGGACAAAAACAUGGGGACUCUAAUGAAAAUAAGCCGGAGAUUGGGGCGGAGGAAGAGGAAGUAGCUAAAAUGGGAUGUCCUAGUCUGGGUGAACAUACCAGAUUGGAGGUGGUGAUUGAAGAGUCCUAUGAGUUUAAGAAUACGGUGGAUAAACUGAUUAAGAAGACUAACCUGGCUCUGGUAGUCGGCAGCAGUAGCUGGAGAGAGCAGUUUGUUAGUGCUGUUACUGUAAGCGCAGGUGAUGACAAUGAGGAGGAGAGUGGUGAAGAGCGUCUUCCAUCCUGCUUUGAUUAUAUCAUGCACUUCCUCACAGUCUUCUGGAAGGUUCUGUUUGCAUUCGUCCCGCCUACAGAGUACUGGAAUGGAUGGGCAUGCUUCAUUGUGUCUAUCUUCCUGAUUGGUGUGUUGACGGCUGUCACAGGAGAUCUCGCUUCCCACUUUGGGUGCACUAUUGGUCUGAAGGAUUCAGUCACCGCCGUGGUCUUUGUUGCCUUGGGGACAUCUGUCCCAGACACUUUUGCCAGUAAGGUUGCAGCCAUCCAAGACCAGUAUGCUGACGCCUCCAUUGGUAAUGUGACGGGCAGCAACGCUGUCAAUGUUUUCCUGGGCAUCGGUGUGGCGUGGACCAUAGCUGCUGUAUACUGGCGUACCAAAGGCAAAUCUUUCCAAGUCGAGCCGGGCUCUCUGGCCUUCUCUGUCACACUCUUCACUGCUAUGGCUGUGGUGGUUGUCAGUGUGCUGUUGUAUCGUCGGCGCCCCUCAGUGGCUGGAGGAGAGCUCGGCGGUCCACGGACUUGCAAGAUAUUGACGUCCUUGCUUUUCAUUUCCCUCUGGUUGUUGUACAUCCUGUUGUCCUCACUGGAAACAUACUGCCACAUCCCUGGAUUCUGAGGCAGCAAGGCCUCAUAUUAUUUAAGCUUUGAAAGGAAUAUGAAAAUCACCACUGAAGGAGCUUUUUUUGUUGUUGUAUUUAUUAGAUAUUUAUCUUAACUUUUAUUAAGUCUAAUAAGUCAGUUUUUGUAACUUUCCAUUUUCUUUCUUAAAGGGAUAGUUCAUCCAAAAUUAAAAAUUGUCAUUAUUCACAGCUAUCCAUAGAAUAUAAAAAAUGGUUUAUUUUAUUUAUUUACUUUUUUUUUUUUUCAAAGAUAUUUACUUUUUUGGGGAGCGAUAUGAAGGUAUGUAAAUGAUGACAGUUUUGUUUCUCUUUUUUUUUUUUUUUGAUAAACUGUCUCUUUAAAUUAGUUUGGAUGCAGUAUCUUACAUAUCAUUCCUUGUUCCCUUGCCUUACACUUGUAUCCGUCUCUCAGUGCUGUCUUAAAUUUUUCCAAACCUGUAACCAAUGACUCUUUUUUUUUUUUUUUUUUUUUUUUUUUUUUUUUUUUGUACCCCUAUUUGAGCCAAUCCGAGCUUUCGGUUACUGAAUGAAGGGGUUUAAUUUUUUGGACUUUUUUUAUGUGUCAGUAUUACGCUCAUGUAAAUGUAAUGAUAUUUUAAAAGACAUUUAAAUGAACAGAAUGAUCAAAAAUGAACUUUCAGUUAUUAAGAGCAGAUUGAACAAACAGAAUGGACUUACUAUUGCUUGUGUAAGAAGAAAAGCAUGUUUCAGGACUAAAUAAGAAUCGGACAGAAAAGCAUGUCAAGUUCAUAAUUAAUCGUAUAUCAUAAAUGAAGGUUGACAUUAUUGGGAAAGUAAAAUAGCAAAAAAGGAAUGAAACUCAAAAAAGUGUGGAAAAAGGGACUGGAAUAAUCCCACAGAGGACAGAAGAGCAAUUGGAAAAUAUUGACAGUGACGGUGCUGAAUAUCAUUCAAAAUAAUUCUAAUUUAAAAUGUAUAUAAUGUGUCUGUGUGUGUGAGUGAGUGAGAGAGAGAGAGAGAGAGAGAGAGAGAGAGAGAGAGAGAGAGAGAGAGAGAACACCCAACCAAGAAUAAACAGCUCAGCUGAUGUUCUCUUGAAAUAACAAACCAAGUAAUUGAUGUAAUAAGCUGUCUGUAUCUAUCUGUAUUUGUCUUAUCCCAUGAUGGUCACACUCCUUGACAUCAAAUGUUUCAUAGGAAAUACUAGCCAGUUAACAUGAUGUGACUUUUGACAUGGUGACAAAUGCUCUUAUUGACUGUGUACCACACUGUAUCCCUUAGUUCACAAAAAAAUACAAUUCUGAGCAUUUACUCACCCUCAUGUCAUUCCAAACCCAUAUGAUCUGUGGAAAAUAAAUGUGAACAUAAAAAAUAGAUGUUUAGCA